AUGUCGGUCUUGCCGAUCAUGAGCGGCCAUCAUGUUGCUGACCAAAACAACAGUUCGAAUGUGCCGCCGCUCUACCUGGUGCUCUUCAUCUCGGCCAUGUACUAUCUGAACCGACCAUGCGUCUACUGCUCGCUGCUCCUGACCGUUCUCGUCAUCUCCGUCUACGACUUCCACAACAAUUGGUUCGAGCCGCAGCCCGACCCCUCGUCCUCGACGCAUACCGGAAACUCCACAACCACCGCUCUCGGAGACAACAUCGCAGUAGCCUCCUCGGUCAUUCAAUCGGCAGCAGCGUCUAUCGCGCACUCUGUCGCCGACGGUUUCUCGAAACAGACGGGACUCGAUCUACAACCGCAGAUCAGCGUGGCAGAGUGGUUGAAAGACAUGUUUGGAAAGAAAGAGUGGCGCAUACCAUGCAUCGACGUUGCCGUAAGGCUCUAG